AUGCUGGCAUCGGCAAAGCAACUAUUCGCGCCCUCGCACUACAUGACCCCGCGCGAAUCUAAUUCUGAUGCGUUGAGGGCUGAAACUCUGUAUAACCGAAUCGACAUUCUGGAUCUAGAUCUAGCAUCUUUGGAUAGUGUCAAAAAGUGCGCGGACGAAUUCGACAAGAAGGAAAAUCGUCUUGAUCUCCUCUUCCUCAACGCCGGCGUUGCCAGUACGCCUCCCGCUCUGACCCAGGAAGGCUUCGAGUAUCAGUUUGGGAUCAAUCAUAUGGGCCACGCGCUUCUCACACAGCUUCUCGUCCCUAAGAUGAUACAAACGCGACAGGAGGAUCCGAGAGCGGAUGUACGCAUAGUAGCAACUGCAUCCAACGCUGCAUUUGCUCCUUUUCUUCCAAAAGGGGGUCUCGCAUUGAACGUCAUGCGCCAGCCGGAUGCAUAUAGUCCCAUGGGUCUCUACGCUCACUCUAAACUGGCAAACGUCCUUUUCAUCAGAAAAAUCGCUCAAAUUUACCCGGGUGCUCGCGGCGUGGUUAGCAUGCUGUUCAAAGCAGUUGUAUGGGCAACAGCAGUCGAUACCGAUCAAGGCGCGAAGUCGCAGCUGUGGUGCGGUACAGCACCCCUUGGUGGAGUGACAGGGGUCCAGACCGCACAGUACUACGAGCCAGUUGGAAAGAGUCGGAUGCUCAAGGGUGUGGCGGCAGACCAAAAGCUCACUGAUGAGCUCUGGGAAUGGACUAACAGUGCACUUGCCAGCUAUGGUGGCAAAGACUGGCCCAUUAUGUGA